GCGACACGCGGUGGUGAUAGAAAAAAAGUCACUUGCAAAACGUAAACACGACGAAUGCUGCUGUUUUUCACAUUUUUUACAUUUUAAGUUUAUUUCGAAAGUGUGUUUGAUAGGAAGGACAUGGCAUCUGGAGCUGCUGCUGCCGCCACCGUAAACGCGUCUCGUUCGUUGAAACUCUUCGUCGGUAACAUCCCGUGGACGGUUGGGCAUCGCGAGUUGCGUAACUACUUCGGCCAGUUCGGGAAAGUGUCCUGGGCGCAGGUUAUCUUCGACCGGCGGACCGGUCUCUCCAAGGGGUACGGGUUUGUGUUUUUCCAGAAGCCGAGCGCGCUCGAGAAUCUGCAGCAGAAGCAGAAACACAUCCUCGAGCAGUCGCCGAUUUUCUUCCAGCAAACGGAUUAGGUGGUGUGGUGAUUUUUCUAGUAGUUGUAGUCGAGAAAUAGAUUAGUUUUAAGUGAUGUCUGAUUUAGAGGACGUUGGCGAGGGUGACCUGCUGGAGGAGGAGUUUGCUAGAGCGACCAAAUUUAUCGAGCACAGUCACGAUCGCUUCGAGCAGAAAGAUUUGCUAAAGUUCUAUGGUUUUUUCAAGCAAGCGACGGUCGGACAAUGCAACGUUUCGAAACCGGGUAUUUUCAAUUUAACUGGACGGAGCAAGUGGUCUGCUUGGAACGAGUUGGGCGAUAUGUCGGAGCAAGAAGCGAUGGAGGGAUACAUUCGGUUUUUAACGCAGUUGCAGCCGGAUUGGGAUCAUUCCACUGAUGGAGAGACGGAUGUUAAAGCAGCGAAAGGAUCCUGGGUUUCCGUUUCAAGCUAUGCGAUAGUAGAGGAAAAAGGAGGUGAAAAAUCGAUUGUUGAUUUUAUCAAGGAAGGCAAUCUGGAGGCAGUAAACGAGAACCUUACUUCGGCUAAAACAAUAAUUAACAAACUUGACGACGAUGGACUGGGAUUGGUUCACUGGGCGGCCGAUCGAGGGAACGUGAACGUUCUUCGCUUGCUGCUUCAAGUGACUGGCUCGGAUGUCAAUCUUAGAGAUUCCGGUGGACAAACGGCACUACACUAUGCCGCAAGUUGUGGUAAUCGGGAUUGUGUUCAGUUACUACUUGACUCGGGGGCCGACCGAAGUUUGCUUGAUAAGGAAGGAGAAUCUUGCUCGGAUGUUGCUUUUGAUGAGGGAAUUAAACAAAUGCUGGUGUGAUUAAA